AUGCAGGCGCUUGGCCAGAGCAGCCUGGGCGGGCAAGGCUAUGUCGACCUCUCCGUCAAGGGUGCUGCACCCAAGCACCUCGGAGCUGGUAUCCUUUACGGCGUGCCGAACGACGCUGCCUACACGCCCGACAAGGCCCCCGUACUUCCCUCCGACCUGUUCAACGGCGCCGGCAUCAACGUUGUGCGAGCCGGCGGUGCUCAGAUCAAGGCCUACCCUGGCUUCGUGUCGAGUCUCGAGGGCUACAAGGGCCGGUUCAACUCGACGCUCCAGAACUACCGGUACGCGCGCGCCCACGGUGCCCAGUUUGUGCUGCUGCCCCACGACCUCUGGGGCGCCGACAGCUUCAACGCUGCCGCCAAAGUCUACCCCUGCGACAACGGCAACUGCGACCUGUACGGCAAGUUUCUCGACCAGCUGAUUUCGGACCUCAAGUCCAACGACAUGCUCUUUGGCAUGCACAUCGACAUCUGGAACGAGCCCGACAUCCAAGGCUUCUGGCCGCGCAGCCAGGACCAGUGGAUCCAGCAGUACAACUACGCCUACCGCAAGUACCGUGCCGCGCUGGGCCCGCAGGUGCUUCUCCAGGGCCCGACGACGUCGUCGCAGCCCAACAGCGGCAACGUCUGGUGGCAGAAGUUUGGUGCCAACAUCAAGGCCAACCCGGACGUGCAGCCGGACAUCUACUCGUUCCACCAGCUGCAGGGGCGCAAGGCAGCCAACUGCGGCAACGACCCCGUCGUCUCGGUCCAGGGCCUGGAGGACGUCAAGAAGGCCCACGGCCUGCCCGAUAGGCCGGUGCAGAUCAACGAGUAUGCCGGGAGCGACGAGCAGACGCCCGCCUACAGCGCCUGGUUCCUCGAGCGCUUCGAGCGGUCGGGCGCCUGGGGCCAGCGCGCCAACUGGGGCAUGUGGCACGGCCUGCACAACGACAUGGCCAAGCUGGUCGGUGGCGCUGACCAGGGAGCGUUCUACAAGCUGGGAGACUGGCACGUCUACCACUACUACACCCAAGUCCAGAGGGGCGUCGUGGCGCGGGCCGGUGCGACGGGUUCGAACUGCUACGACCUCUAUGCGACCCAGGAGCCGGACAGCGGCCUGAUCCACAUCCUCGCCGGCACGCGCGGCCAGACGGGCGCGUACCCGGUCGUCGUCAGCUCCCUCGGCUCCGUCGCGGCGUUCAAGGGCAAGACGUCGCUCCGCGUGCUCGUCAACGAGAUCCCGUACAACGGCGGCGGGCGCGUCGACGGACCCGUCACCGUCUCGCACGCCGACGUCGCCGUAGUCGACGACAAGCUCACCGUCAACCUCGACAUGAAGCUCGACAGCGCCUACACCAUCGACAUCUCGGUCCCGCCCGCCGCCGCUGCCCGUUGA